ACUCUCUCUCUGAGCUGGAGGAUCUUGUUUCCACUCGGCUGAUUUUUGGCGUUGCAUCAGAGAAGAAGAAGGAGGAGGAGGAGGAGCAGAGCGAAGAGCAGAGAGAGGGAGACGGUCGCAGAGAGCAGAUAACCAGCAGCUUUAGAACCGGUUAACCAGCAGCUUUAGAACCAGUUAACCAGCAGCUUUAGAACCAGUUAACCAGCAGCUGAAUCGACAGUUAACCAGGAGCUGUGAAUGUUUGGAUCAGAUGGAGUCUGAGGAGAAUCUGCUCAACGCUUAUCUGCUGCUGCUGCUAAUCGGAUCCCACUUCACUCUGGUGGGUCCUUCUACCCCUGAGGAGGGCUGGCAGGUGUACAGUUCAGCUCAGGACUCUGAAGGUCGCUGUGUUUGUACAGUGGUGGCCCCGCAGCAGACUGUCUGCUCCAGAGAUGCUCGAACCAAACAGCUGCGACAGCUGCUGGAAAAGGUGCAGAACAUGAGUCAGUCCAUCGAGGUUCUGGAUCAGCGCACUCAGAGAGAUCUGCAGUUUGUGGAGAAGAUGGAAGUUCAACUCAAAGGUCUGGAAAACAAAUUCAAACAGGUGGAGGAUGGACAUGAGACCAACAUCGCCAGACAGUACAGGUCUAUCAAAGCCAAGAUGGAGGAGCUACGUCCACUCAUCCCAGUCCUGGAGGCGUACAAGGCGGAUGCUCUGCUGGUCCGACAGUUCAAAGAAGAGGCAGCGAAUGUGACGGAACUGCUGGGAAUGCUGCAGGAACAAAUGGGGGGUCUGGACUACCAGGAGCUCCACAGCCGAGUGAUGAGCCUGGAGGACCGGCUGAGGGCCUGCAUGCAGAGACUCGCUUGUGGGAAGCUGACGGGAAUCUCUGAGCCAAUCACCAUCAAGACAUCUGGGUCCAGGUUUGGAUCAUGGAUGACGGAUCCACUCGCUCCGGCUGGAGACAACAGAGUGUGGUACAUGGAUGGUUACCAUAACAAUCGCUUUGUUCGGGAGUAUCAGUCGAUGUACGACUUUAUGAUGACAGAUAACUUUACGUCUCACCGUCUGCCUCACCCCUGGUCUGGUACCGGACAGGUGGUUUAUAACGGAUCCAUUUACUUCAACAAGUUUCAGAGUCACACCAUCAUCAAGUUCGACUUCGGCACGUCGCUCAUCAGCCGCUCGCGGCAGCUCGACUUCGCCGGUUACAACAACAUGUACCAUUAUUCCUGGGGGGGGCACUCUGACAUUGACCUCAUGGUGGACGAAGGCGGGCUCUGGGCCGUCUACGCUACCAAUCAGAAUGCUGGGAACAUUGUCCUCAGCCAGUUAAACCCAAACACUCUGCAGAUCAUCCGCAGCUGGAUGACCAACCAUCCAAAACGCAGUGCCGGUGAGGCGUUCAUGAUCUGCGGAACCCUGUACGUCACCAACGGGUACUCAGGUGGAACCAAAGUGUACUAUGCCUACUCCACCAACUCCUCCACUUACGAAUACAUCGACAUUCCUCUGACCAAUAAAUACAGCCACCUGUCCAUGCUUGACUACAACCCUCGAGACAGAGCGCUUUAUGCCUGGAACAACGGCCACCAAGUGCUCUACAACGUCACGCUGUACCACAUAAUCCAGUAACAUGAAGUAAACACAGAAUAACGUUACUAACACACCAUGUCUAAAUGACAGCAACACAUGCUGUCAUUUUAAAUAUUAGAUUUAAAGAAUGAAUAUGGCACUGAAGAGUGAACACAAACCCCUUAAUUAGUUGUACACUAUCAGAUCAUACACUAUAUUACACAAUGAAACAAUAUCUUUUAUAUACAAUAAAUCCUAAUGUUCUCUGGCUUUCAGAGAGUCAGACGUGGAAAAGAUAUGAGGUUAAUUUCUGUGCUUCCAGGACAGACAGAGGUUUUUCAACAAAAUGGAGAAACAGCUAGCUAAGGGUUUGGCUAACUUUAACUCUAUCUGAAAAAAUCCAUCCUCCAAGAACUUCACCAUGUUUCUCAAACGGUGUCCUGGAGAGCAGCAAAGAGUUAGAACUGGAAGUCAGUCCACUAUUAAACCGUAGACCUGCAGCUCUUAUGGGUUUUCUUUUGAUAGAUUCCUUCCUGCUUGCUUUCCCAUUUGUGUCUCUUUUAGUAUUCAUGUACUUUUCUGAUAUUUCCUGUUUUAUUUUGGAAUCACCUUCCCUUGUGCAUUGCUUGUGUUUUUACUUCCUGGAUUUGUCUGUUUCCCUCCUAUUUUGGUUGCCCCCGUGAGCUUCAGCUGUGUCUGUCUUCCCAAUCAUUUGUCUUUAGAAAUGUUCACUUCCUGUGUUUCAGCCUGACUGCUUCCUUCCUCCACAGGUUUGGUUUUUGUGUGUUUUUUUUUUAAAUUUGUUGCUUUUCUCCUGACUUUUUCUUUUAGAGAAUCACUUGGAUUUUUGGUUUGUGUUUUUCCUGGCCCUUCAGUGGCUCUUUAGUUUGCUCUCCUGCCAGACAUUGUUCCAGCUGUUCAGGUUUAAUUGAAGCUUGUUGGACAGUAGAGUUUGCAGUCCAUCCUGCUGUCAGUCUGUGGUCCAAACAGCAGAGUUAGAACCAGGAGAUGCCGUUUGCUUGUUCAGCCAAGAGCUCCCAAAGGAACUGCUGCUAAAGCCGCGGUGUCUUUCCACAUGAACAUUCCUCCAUCAGUUCAGUCAGAAGCUAACCCGAACCUUCUGUUUGUAGAAACUUGUUGGACCUCUCUCGGUGCUGGAAUGUUUCACAAAGCACUGGACUGUUAACUUGUGUCUUUGACUGAUUUUACUAAUGAAUGUUUUUUUAGAUCAGUAACUGAUGUAUUGAACACAAAUGCACUUCAAACUGAAACCACAUGCUGAUACAAUCAUAGAAAUUAAACUUUGUCUUUCACAGUCAGAGACACCACCAUGGUGAAAUUAUUUACACUGAAAAAUACAUCACAUGUUUUGUGAUAGAUUUUUUCCACUAUUGAAAAUCUUUUCUGACUUUAUGAAACUAGACGUACUGUUUGUACUCUAAUUCUUUUCUUACCGUUGUGUAAAAUACAGCAAUACAAAAUGUUUGUUUCUCUUCCUUCGGUUCUAAAUGGAUUGUUUUUGCUUGAGCAGAUGUUACAUGUGAUCUUUCUCUCCUUCAUUUUAUCUAGAAUUAAGUCUAAAUUCAUCCCGUUGUUGGCUCUUACAGCUGGUUAAAGUCAGUUUUAAAGUGAAGUUUAGCCAUUUAGAAUAGGAGCUGUGUGUUGGUGUGUUUGGUGCCUGAUGGUUACCUACAACUGUUGAGUAAUUGUGCAUGGCUUCACUGAGCUGCUGCUCCAUUAAAGCUCAUGUCAGAGUCCUUUAAGUUGCAGAAUGCAAUUGUAGUUCAACACGCUUUUUGUCAGUUUCCAGUAAUAUUUGUACACAUGCUAACUCUCUAAAUAUGUUAACUAGCUAAACAUCAACCGUUCUUCUGCAGAAUGACAGGCUCCACGUCAAACUCUAAGAGCUUCCUUCGACAUCAGAAGUGUCUUCUACCGUGUGGUUUCUCAGACAGGAUGAAUGAAGAACAACUUCUGAGAGACCAGUCAGUGGAAACACGUUAGAAAUGUUCUUCUCUGCAGGUUCUGUUCAAACUCUGUCAGCCACAAAGGAGCUCAGAGAUUCUUCUUUGUUCUGGCAUCUCUCUUCUUUUGCUGUCAGUGUAUCUUCUAUGUGACUGUGGGAAUAAGAGUGGAGUGUUGUACAUCAUUUUAAUAAUUAACUGAAGGUUUUCAUUAUAAUAGCUUGCUUGUUUGUUUUCUAUGGCAAGAGAUUUCUACUAUAUUUCAUUCAGACUUUGGUUUUACUGUGGCGUAAGUAAGGAGAUGUUUUUAUUCAACAGACUGCAUGUAAAAUGUAGAAGGAUUGCUCAGUUAUUAUGACCAAUGGCCUUAAUAAUUGCAGUGUUUUGGAUUCCUCACCCAUCUUUUUUUUAAAUAAAAAUAAAACUCAGAGGCUUAAUUUGAUAGCAUUUGCAUGAAAGGGAUGUUGGUGGGAAACACUGUUAAAAAUGCAUAUUAAAACAAUGUUUUCUAGCUCA